AUAGUACUUGAUCAUAUGAUCAAAGUCAUGUGACCUAGGCAGAUAUGGACGACACGGCUGUUGUGAAAUUACCAAUUAAAAAAUCUGCCAUAACUUGUAACAUCUGUAAUCAAAUUUGGACAAAUAGACAGCCAAAAAUUCUAUCUUGCUUUCAUACUUUUUGUAAGGAGUGUUUAGAGAAUGAAUCAGUUAAGAAAAGAAUCACACCUGGUGAUGUAUUUCAGUGCUCUAUGUGUUUUGUUCCUUUUUCUUGGCCUAUACAGGGAGUUGAGGGCCUGAAAUCUAAUGACUUUUUUGAAAGUAAUGAAGCUGACGAUGCUGUUGAAGCUGUAGAAGAGACAACGUGUAUCGAACAUGGAAAAGAUCUAAACUUAUUGUGUAUAACUUGUAAUGUGCUACCUAUAUGUACAUCUUGCACUCGUUUACAUCCAGGGCAUAUUUUACAUGAUCCUGAAGAUUUUAAGACUACAAGAAAAAAUUUGAUAAUGGAACAAUCUAACCUAAUAACCGGCUUAAGAAAAGCCCUCAAUGACCAGAAAUCUGUUUUAGUCGAACAGAUGGAAAGAAGAGUUAAAGAGGCAGAGGAACAAAUUGCAAGUAAAAAAAAUGAGAUGAUAAGAAAAAUAGAUGAAAGUUUAUUUGAAAGGAAAAAUAUUCUAAAUCAAUUAAAUACAUUAAUCGAGUCAAUGAAUAACAAUCAUCUUAAUUUUGAUUACUUAGGAACAAAAACUGAAAUUGAAGCCUUCAAUAAGGAAUUUAUGAAAGAGUGCACUAAGCCUAGUUGUUAUUUUGACAAUUCUGUACAUGUAUCUUUAGGAGUUAUAAAAUCAACAUUUAAAUUAAAUGAAUUUUAUGAAUUCGCAUCUAUUAAGUUGGAUUCUGAACAAAUGGAAGGUAUCUGUGUAAAUAAUGAUAUAUUGUAUAUUACUUCGUGGAUAUCGAGAGAUCCGCCUGAAAGUGUUAUUCUUAAAUUUUCAACAAAUGAUUUCCAACCAAUAAAACCUGACAUUCAUUUGGAGAAUAUUCUUGCUACAGGAAUUUGUUUCUUCAAUGGUAAUCUUUAUUGUGGCGAUUGGUCGAAUAACAGAAUUCUACUUUGUAAUAAUGGUGAUAUAAUUCCUUUUGCAUCAAUACUAAAACCAUUUGGUUUGGAGGCUUGGUCGGCUGGUUUACUUGUUGCUGCUUCAGACGGUGUUCAUAAAUUUAACAGGGAAGGUGAAGUUUUAUGGUCAAACAGGGUUCCGUCUCCUUUUAAGUGGCAAAGACCUUGUGGUAUAGCGACAGACAAUAGUUAUAUAUACGUUACUGAUUUGUACGGUCAUUGCGUGCAUAAAUUAGAUCUUUCAAAUGGCAGUUGCCUUUACAGUAUCAGCAGCAAAGGAUGCAAAUUAGGUGAACUUAACCAUCCGGCUGGAAUUAUUUUGGCACCAUCUAUUGGUUUCAUUGUUGCCAAUAUGCAAAAUGACAGAUUAGAUAUGAUUGAUGAAGAUGGAAAAUGCAUUGAAACUUACAAGCUACAAUUUAAUCCAGUAUGGAUCACUGGAGAUGAGAUAUUGAAAACAUUAUUUAUAACAACAUACAUAAAUCAGAAACGAAAAGCCGUAGUUGUUUUAAAACAUAAUUAG